AUGCUUGGAAGGUUGAGGAUGUCAACCUUAGAUGCUUUGAAAGCAUAUGACCAAUUCGCUGGGCGAAUAUUCUCAGAGAAGAACCGCAAAAAGAAUCCUGGCCAAAGAUGGACGCAGAUGUACAAGGCAACAGAGCUCAGAAACACAAUCCAACAGCUCGUUGCGGAACAAAUCGAUGAAGAAUUGAUGAGAGAUUCAAGAAAACUUGAGGAGAGGGGAAGAUCCUUCGUUUGUUCUAAGCCUGUCGGUGAACAUCGACGGACGGUGCGAUUUCGAUCGUACGAUAUUGACAAUGAUCUAUACAAGCAUCUCAAGAUAUGGGAAGCUGCUCGCGCAACUACUGCCGCUCCCAUGUACUUCAAGCCGAUGACCAUCACCAAUGACGUGGCCGAAACAGAAGAUUUUGUUGAUGGCGCUAUUGGAUGCAACAAUCCAACAGAGAUAUUGCUUGAGGAAGCAGACUUGCUAUACGGAAAACAACGCAAACUGGGCUGUGUUGUAAGUCUAGGAACUGGAACAAAAGUACAGGAGUUGGCCGGGACCUCCAAUGGUAUCCACGCCAAAGCAAGUUGGAUUAAAAGCUUGGGCAUGGUGAUGAAGGAAAUCACUGUUGACUGCGAGGAGACCCACGAUCGGGCGAAGAAGAAGUUCGAGUCUUUCUCUGGUGCAUACUUCCGCUUCAACGUGGCCGGCGGAGCGCAAGGCAUAAAACUUGAAGAUUGGGGUAUGAUGGAAGAGUUGAAGCAGAAGACACGGAAUUACUUACUGGAAGAUGAGGCCAAGGCAAUGGUCGAUGAUCUAGCCAACGUGCUUCUUCAGAAGGGUCCCAACCAUGGCUUAACUAUCGGCCACAUUGGUAAGUAA